AUGAGCGUGUUAUACAAAGUAUUCACCAAGAUCAUCCUCAUCCGCAUAUCUAGGACGCUGGAUGAAGCCCAGCCUCAAGAACAAGCUGGAUUCCGCCAAAGGUUCAGCUGCUUAGACCACAUCCAGACCGUGUCGAGGGUCAUAGAGGUUUGCCGGGAAUACCGCCUGCCCCUUGUUCUAACCUUCGUCGACUAUGAGAAAGCCUUUGACAGCGUAGAAACGAAUGCAAUACUGUCAGCGCUGGUCGAUCAAGGUGUGGACGCGUCGUAUGUGAGGACAUUAGCCAAUUGCUACGAUCGAUGCACGACUAGGAUACAGCUUUUCCACCGCCCUCUCACCAUACCAAUUGGAAAGGGGGAAGAAAGGGGCAUACGUGUUGAUGGAAGAUUCCUUUCGAACCUUCGUUUCGCGGACGAAAUCGUUCUCUUUUCGAGCAGUACCAAUGAAGCAGAAACGAUGCUCAAUGAAUUGAACGAAGCAGGGAAGAGAAUAGGACUACGAAUAAACAGAAAGAAGACACAGUUCAUGAACAACGCCUACUGCGAAGACGGAGGAGUACAACUUGAAGGCUCCCAAAUCGUGGAAUCUCCGUCAUACGUAUACCUUGGACGUUCAAUGAACAUGGAAAACGACUUGAAGGAAGAACUGAAUAGAAGAAUGAGAGCAGCAUGGGCAGCAUUCGCAGCCGUCAGGGAAGCUACGGACCAACUGACGGACCAAGAUCUUCGUGCCCAUCUGUUCGACUCGACAAUCCUUCCAGCGCUUUGUUACGCAGCGGAGACGUGGGCAGACACCGCGGCCACGUCUAGGAAGCUACUUACUACCCACAGAGCCCUUCAGAGAUGUCUCCUGAAGUUUAACCGGCGCACACAACACCUAGCCGGUCUUCGUAGCUCCGACUUAAGAGAAAUGUCCCGUCUUCGCGACCCAGUGGAAUAUGUAUCGAAAGCAAAACAUAGAUGGGCCGGUCACGUCAUGAGAAGAAUCGACGAUAGAUGGACUAAAAGAACGCUAGAGUGGAUCCCAAGGGACGCUAAACGCCCCCGAGGGAGACCGCCAGCGAGAUGGGGUGACGCGUUCGCUGCACGGAUGGACCAGCUGAGAGCUCAGCUGGAUACGGCUCAAGGACCUCAUCAACGUCGUCAAAGAGGAGCGGUCGAGGUCCGCGACUACUCGAAGAAGCCCGAGGCUUCUUUAUGGUGCAUCGCGAUUGAUCGAUCUCGGGACCACGUCGGCAGAAGAAGAAUCUUCGACCUCAGCAAUGGGAAGAAGAAAACUCCACGAAGGAACUCUGACUUUCAUCGACUUCGAAGGAACCAAGCCCAGCUACGAAAGAUGACCACGACUUUGUAUACGCGACAAGGGCUCUUGACACGGGCGUGCAACCGACUUAAGGAACGUCUGAGAGACCAAGAGGAACUCCUCACAAACGCGGCUGAAAUCCAUGAUGGAGAACUCGAGCAGCAGUUUUUGAGCGAGCAUAGCAGACAAAUGCGGCAGGCACGACGAACGAUUCAGGCAGAAAUGGACACAGUGGAAAAGGCUUUGGAAAAAUACUCAGGAGAUCGCCGUCUCCCUGGAAGAACGACAACGAGUGAAAUCCCAAUGGUACCUUUGCCUCCAAUGCCCAUCCCGAAGUUCGAUGGCAAGCUAUGGGAGUGGGAAACGUUUUGGACGGCGUUCAAUCACUCAGUGCAUUCGAGAGACAUAGACGACUUGUAUAAGAUGAACUACCGUCUUAACGCUCUCCAAGGCGAAGCAAGAGCUUGUAUGAAGCAGUACGAAAUUUCAAGGAACACGUAUGCUACAGUCAUCGCCCAUUUACAAGAAAAAUACGGCGACCGGCAAGCACUGCUGGACCAACUCCUACGAAAACUGCAAGCUGCAAAAGCCGUACUCGAUAACCAAAAUCGAUGUUCUCACGGAGACAACAUAUCGGAGUUUUCUGACUCCCGAAGACAAACAGUUCCUCCACGAGAACGAUAUUGCUCUUCCUGUGGGUCCCCAGACGACACAGAUCUGAGCGGAUAUUCUACUAGGAUGUGCAAAUCUGUUCACGUUGUUGGAAAGGGACGUUGGACAGCGAGAACACUACCCUCCGGACUGAAGGUACUCCCAUCCAAACUAGGAUACCUCGUGAUUGGGCGGACAGGAGCAGAACAUCGUGAAGAACAAGUUGUGGUCAAUAAGAUAAAGAGCAUGGAUGGCGUUGGAUCCGGGACGGAGACCAACAACCUGCAAAGCACCAGUCCACAGAGUGAAACGCAAACGGCGACGGAAAAUGGACUCGGGACUGCAGUAAAUUCAACACCCUUCGACUACCGGUCACCGGACAUGGAAUCGCGAAGGGAAACGAUCACGAACGCUACUCAGACUACGCACGCAGCAACCAGGAACAUCGAGUCUUCAGACAGCUCAACCUCAGAUGAUGAACAUACAGACAUCGGGAGUCCAAGAGGUUAUAGGACCAACGGCAAAGAGCGCCAAGACGGCAACGAUAUGGUCCUGAAGGAGUUUGAAGCAACGAUCCAAAAGAAGAAAUAUGGAUACUACGUUCGCCUUCCGUGGAAAAAGGACAGUGCCGAUCUUCCCGACAACAAAGCGAUGUCAUUCCGGAGGUUGCAAACGAUUGUCGCGAAGUUGCAAAAGAAUCCAGAGUUGAUGCAGCAGUACCACAACACCUUCAUGAACCAGCUAUAG